AUGGCUAGUCAAAAGUCGCACAUCUUCCGGGUGACAGGCCUGUCCAGGGAACAGCCCGAUGAGAAUCUCAAGACCGCAUUACAAGAGGCACUCAACGACAACUUCAUCGACGACGAGAGAUCGCAAAUGAAGACUGAGAUCACAAUAGUCCCUUCAUGCUAUGAAAGUGACACACAGAGGGUGGCGCUGGUGCAGUUUCGUGGCGGGGUGCCUCAGUUUCUUUAUGAGCUAAGACUCAACCCGCUUGGAGACUGGCAGGUCGAGAUGGAAGAGGAUGACAUCAACAUUGACUGCCACUUCUUUGGAUUCACCCAGCUCUACGCGCCAGACGACAAUGAGCCAGUGGCUGCAGACAUCAUUGCCAUUGCCGGACUGGAUGGACAUGCUUACGGAUCAUGGCAGGGCAGAGGCAACCUCGCUCGAAUGUGGCUUCGUGACUUCCUGUCAAAAGAUCUCCCGCAGUGCCGUACGAUGAUCUAUGGGUACAACUCCAAGCUGUCGAGCCACGGCGUCGAUACGAUCCUCGACUAUGGGCGGGAGCUGAUGGAGGAAAUCAAGAAAAUCCGGAACACAAAGGAGCUCCAGCAGAGACCUCUGAUCUUCAUCGCGCAUAGCUUUGGAGGCAUUAUCUUGGCUCACUGUCUGGUAAGGGCCAUCCAGACGAUGGAGGAAGACCACCCGGCGAUCAAGUCGCUGCAUCGAGCCACGUACGGCAUGAUCCUCUUCGCCAUCCCCCACAAAGGAUUAGUGAUGGACGAUAUCCAGCAGAUGCUAGCGGGGGACAGGAAACAUCCGCGAGAGCAACUACUGCGACAGAUUUCUAGCAACUCGGAUGUCCUGAUCCACCAACUGGCCGACUUUAAAAAUCUAAUCCGGGACCGUAAGGUGAUCAGCUUGUAUGAAACAAAGCAGACGCGGCAGUUAGUAUUGGACUCGGAAAGCAGACAAUGGAAACGGACCGGGGAUUUUAUGACGACACUUGAUGCAGAUUCGGCUCUUCUCCAGCUUCCCGACCAUAUAGAGGAGAAAGUGCCGCUGCAUUUCUUAAUAGACGCACCAUCGGUGGUGGCGGCUCGGUUCACGCGGACGCGUCUGAAGCCUCAGCCGUGCUCCACGGUGCCUUUCCAGAAGGACUCGAUUUUUGUGGGCCGUGAAGCUGUGAUCAGUGCGGUCAAGGAAAGACAUGGGGCGAUCGGCCAGCGUCAUGAGCGGGUGGCAUUAGUGGGAUUGGCCGGAGUUGGAACUGUUAUUCAGAAAAACCAAAUAGCCAUCGAGUAUUCCUAUCUCGUAGAAGCAUCAAAAACGGAUACUUGGGUUUUUUGGAUCCACGCUAGCAAUGCGGCGCGGUUCGAACAGGGCUACCAGCAGAUUGCCGCAGUCGCGGAGAUCCCGAGACGGGACGAUCUAAAGAUGAAUAAUGCGGACGACGAUGGUUUUUUUUUCAGUAACAACGAACUCAAUGAACAAGGGCCACUGGCAAGCUUCCUGCCCCAGGCCGCUCAUGGAUCAAUCCUGAUUACGUCGCGAAAUGGUCGUGCGGCGCGGAAUCUGGUGGGGAAUGAGAGGCAUGUGAUCGCAGUUCAGCCAAUGAGUGAGGCAGAGUCCCUUGCCCUUCUACGGGCAAGGAUUCCGGCCGCCCACUCUGGAGAAUGUGGAGGGGACGAGAAGGCACUGGUCCAGGUGCUGGAAUACAUUCCGCUGGCAAUCACUCAAGCAGGGUCGUAUAUUGCGAAUAGAUCUUCGCGAGUCACGGUGUCCCGCUAUCUUCAGUUGUUCCGUGAGAGCGAGUCGAACCAGAAACAUCUUCUGCAGCAUGAGGACGCCAAAGACCUCCGGCGGGAUCCCAGUAUUCGGUAUGCGGUCAUCACGACAUGGCAGCUAUCCUUCGAGCAAAUCCGCCAUGACCGGCCGGCGGCGACGGAACUGCUGGCGUUCAUGAGCAUGUAUGAUCGGCAGGGGAUUUUAGAAAGCCUCGUCCGUGCAGAUUGCGAUGACCUCCAGUUUGAGGAUGCAUUGGCACCAUUGAUUAGUUAUUCUCUUGUUCGGUUUGAAAGUAAAACAGCGUCAUUUGAUAUGCACCGACUAGUACAGCUAUCGGUCCGGACAUGGCUGGAGAUCCACCUUGAGCUAGCACGGUGGCAGGAGAAGUCGCGAGCCAUCGUGGCAAAGAUGUUUCCCGAUGGACAGUACGAGAGCUGGACUGAAUGUCAAAGGCUGCUUCCGCAUGCGAAGGAGGUGAUGAAGUCGAUAUCUAGUGCGAAUAAAGAAGAUCGACUACAUGUGGCGACUAUUUCUUUCAAUUGUGGAUGGUAUUUAUUGCUUCAAGGAGCAUAUGAAGAGGCGGAAGUAAUGUAUCGACGGGCAUUGGAAGCACAAGAGAAGGUGCUUGGGCGCGAGCAUCCUGACACGCUCACUACUGUUAGUCGCCUUGGCUUAGUGCUUUCUAAUCAAGGAAAAUAUGGAGAUGCAGAAGCGAUGCAUCGACGAUGCGUGGAAGGGAGUGAGAAGGUGCUUGGAUGUGAGCAUCCUGAUACGCUAAUUAAUUUUGGAAACCUCGGCAAUGUGCUCUCCAGUCAAGGGAAAUUUGAAGCGGCGAAAGCGAUGUAUCGACGGGCCCUAGAAGCACAAAGCAAGAUGCUUGGGCGGGAGCACCCUCAUACGCUAACAAGUGUUAGUCGUCUUGGCUUGGUACUCUCCAACCAGGGGAAAUAUAAAGAGGCGGAGGCGAUGCAUCGACGGGCGUUAAAAGCACAAGAGAAGGUGCUUGGACGUGGGCAUCCUCACACAAUCACCAGUAUCGGCAACCUUGGCACUGUGCUCUCCAGUCAAGGGAGAUAUGAAGCAGCGAAAGCGAUGUAUCGACAGGCGUUGGAAGCACAAAACAAAGUGCUUGGAGCCGAGCAUCCUCACACGCUCAUCAGUGUUAAUCGCCUCGGCUUGGUGCUCUCCUACCAAGGGAAAUAUAAAGAGGCGGAGGCGAUGCAUCGACGGGCGUUGGAAACACGAGAGAAGGUGCUUGGACGCGAGCAUCCUGACACGCUCACUAGUGCAAGUAACCUUGGCAAUAUGCUCUCUGACCAAGGUAAAUAUCAAGAGGCGGAAGCGAUGUAUCGACGGGUGUUGGAAGCACAAAACAAUGUGCUUGGAGCUGAGCAUCCUCACAAAUUGACCAGUGUUAGUCGCCUUGGCUUAGUGCUUUCCAACCAAGGGAAAUAUGAAGAUGCGGAGGCGUUGCAUCGACAGGCGUUGGAAGCACGAGAGAAGGUGCUUGGACGUGAGCAUCCUGACACACUCACUAGUGUCAGUAACCUUGGAAAUGUGCUCUCCAGCCAAGGGAAAUAUGAAGAGGCGGAAGCGAUGCAACGGCGAGACCUGGAAGGAAAUGAAAAGGUGCUUGGAUUUGAGCAUCCUAAUACCCUAAUCAGUGUCAAUGAACUUGGCUUAGUGCUCUUCUACCAAGGGAAAUAUGAAGAGGCGGAAGCGAUGCAUCGACGGGCGUUGAAAGCACAAGAGAAGGUGCUUGGACGUGGGCAUCCUCACACAAUCACCAGUAUCGGCAACCUUGGCACUGUGCUCUCCUGCUAA